UUGGCUCACAUGGAUUCAUCGAUUGGAUCUUUCACUUAAAGUACAUUUCUUUGAUAAAUGGAUCUAUGUGAACUCAGAAGCUGAUACAAGUCAUAAAGUUUAUUUUCGCAUAAUAGUGAGGUGAUGGAUUCAAUUUUAGGGAUGCGUGGAAAUUUUGCAAUAAGUCUGGUCACUUAGGAUGAAACAAUUCUUGGAUAUGGAAGAUUGCCACAUAGUGCUGCUAUAUAUUCAGGAUCAACAUGACUCCGUGGCCUUUUAUUUGCAGUAUUCAUACAAUGUACCAUGGAUCCACUUGAACAUAGCAUUUUUUGUUGAAUAGUUAGAGAAGAACUCAUGAUAUCAUCUUAUGAGUUAUGGCAUCAUACUGUGCUGCAUAUUGCUUUCACAUGAGUGUAACCAUAGCCCCUCACAGAGCGAUCGAACAUUUAGUUGUGCUUGUUUAUUUCAUUUUAUCCGGGAGAAGAUCAAAAUGGGCCACUAAACACACUAUUGUGCAUAUCUCUCCACUGUUGUGAAAUCGACCGCUUCAUGCUUUGGCAGACCCAUGUGUGCAUGCCUUUUUCUUGGGCUUGUCUGAUAAUCUGCAUUUAGUAUGUACACUUUCAUUCCAAUGCCCUGCAAGUCCUAAAAGAGCUGCUUCUCCAGUUUCACCGAAACUGCAAAAGAUUGAUUUCUUUGGAUUGGAUGUUGUCACCUGUAUCUGUAUACUGAAACUGCUGGGCUUAGACAUGCUCUUGUGAGACAGGUCGUUCAACAGGAUAUCCUUAUGGUCAACCUCAGUUCAAUGAUUUGAUGCUACUUCCUUCUGCACAGAAGAAUGACUGAGCAACUUUCCGGGAAGCAUGCUCUCAAUAACAGGGAAAUGAUGGUUGGAUCCUACACUGGUGGUUAUGUCUUUCCAAACAUAAGUUUCAAUUAUUGUAUGGCCAGUGUCACUAUCUGUAAUUCUUCUGUAAAGGAACUAGGUAUCAUAUAUAUAUUUAUUAAUCAUGGGUAGUACGGGUUUUAAUAUCGAAUCUUUUGGUUAGUUGGCAUGAUUUGAUGGAUGCAUCUCGUUUGGAAAAUGUCUUGCAGACUGAUUGUGUACACAAUCACUGGUGUCAUUGGUCAGAGUAAAAUUUUGGGCAGAAGACACUGUUCAUUGCUGGUCCCAAAUGAUGAUUGGUGAACCCCUGUCUUUUGAACCACACAAAGAUAUGGUGUGUUGCACGUUAUUUGUCUUCCCUACUUGUUCAGGCUAGUGCCAGUUGGUAUGAAUAGAAUGAUAGAAUUAUCUUUGGGUCCUUAGUUGAUCCUUGCAAGCUUCUCUAUGCUUUGAAAUACAGGAUGAAUGGUUGCCAGGUGGGUGAGAGAUUUGGUAGGGUUAGAGAGUGACAGGGGAGCUCAUCUUCAACACGCAUAUCAAACUGCAGCCUGCAGGUUUCGUGGGGAAGCCAGCAGCCUAGCAUGUCCUAUAUAUACAAAAGGUUUAAGUUGUGGGCUCUUGUAAGCAACACAAACAGAAGCAUUUCCUGUCAAAUAUGAGUUCUCUAAGAGGGUUUGGAAAUAUCGCCAGAAGAUGGAGAGAACUCAACGGUGCGAAUUACUGGAAGGGGCUACUUGAUCCUCUUGACGUCGACCUCCGGAAGAAUAUCAUCAACUACGGUGAGCUCUCACAGGCAGCAUACACUGGGCUCAACAGAGAGAGAAGGUCAAGGUAUGCUGGGUCUUGCCUCUUCAGACGCAAGGACUUCCUCAGCAGGGUAGAUGUAUCAAACCCUAAUCUGUAUGAGAUUACGAAGUUUAUAUAUGCAAUGUGUACGGUGAGCUUGCCGGAUGAUUUCAUGAUAAAGCCGCUGUCAAAGGCCGCAUGGAGCAAGCAAUCAAAUUGGAUGGGGUUUGUUGCUGUGGCCACCGACGAGGGUAAGGAAGUGCUCGGGAGGCGGGAUGUGGUGGUGGCAUGGCGUGGGACAAUACGGGUGCUAGAGUGGAUGGAUGACCUUGAUAUUUCCUUGGUGCCUGCUUCAGAAAUAGUACGACCAGGCAGUGCCAAUGACCCCCGUGUUCAUGGAGGAUGGUUGUCUGUCUACACGAGUACUGACCCAGGGUCUCGGUACAAUAAACAGAGUGCACGAUAUCAGGUGUUGGAUGAAGUUGAAAGGCUGCAAGAUCUGUACAAGCAAGAGGAGACCAGCAUCACCAUAACAGGUCACAGCCUUGGGGCCGCUCUUGCAACCAUUAGUGCUACCGACAUUGUCUCCAACGGCUACAACAAGACCUGCCCAGUCUCGGCCUUCGUGUUUGGUAGCCCCAGAGUGGGCAACUCCGACUUCCAGAAAGCAUUUGACAGUGCAGAAGAUCUGAGGUUGCUCCGUGUCCGGAACUCCCCUGACGUGGUCCCAAACUGGCCAAAGCUGGGAUACAGCGACGCCGGCACGGAGCUCAUGAUCGACACAGGGGAAUCACCCUACAUCAAGAGCCCUGGGAACCCCUUAACAUGGCAUGAUAUGGAGUGUUACAUGCAUGGGGUUGCCGGGACGCAGGGGAGCAACGGAGGGUUUGAGUUGGAGGUUGAUCGGGACAUAGCGUUGGUGAAUAAACACGAAGAUGCACUGAAGAAGGAGUAUUCGAUUCCACCGUCUUGGUGGGUGGUUCAGAACAAAGGUAUGGUGAAAGGCAAGGAUGGUCGGUGGCAUCUGGCCGACCAUGAGGAUGAUGAUGACUGAUCCUUUUACGUGAUGCAAUUCAGUGCGACAGCUGGGCAACAAGUUGCAACCAACGAGCUUUCCUUUAGAACAUGGGAAAUAUUCUGCAUGUCUUCUUUAAACUGUUUGAGAGUAAAGAAAUGCAUCCUGUUAUGUUCCAGCUCAUAUUUUUCAGUGAAGUGUUAUUUGCUUUCGAGACCAGUGAGUUUAGAGAACUCUGAUCGAUCUUGCCGUAAUAAAGUCUUAAAUUUGUUUAGCUGUGCCUGUAUGACAUUUCCCCGCAUGAACAAUGUUGAGGAACUUGUGUGCUUGUGCAUUAU